AUUCAGGGCCGUGCGCGCUGUGCCAUGCCAGCCAGAUCAUCAGCCAAAGGUGGUGUUCAUCCGAUAUAUGCACACCACUCCACGGGCACAGCAUCAUCCUUCGCAUCCACAUCUUCUCCUUCAAUUGACGGCCAUCUUCAUCUUCAAAAUAUUCCUACAAAGUGCAAUUUGAGCCUGCUGCUGGCCGCUACUCAUCAUGUCGCACUCUAACGUGAUCAUCAUCGAUAACGGUACAGGUUUCACCAAAGCAGGAUGGGCGGGUAAUUCUGAUCCAAGUUUUGUCUUUCCAACUGCAAUCGCAACCCGUAGCUUAGCAGGAGGUAGCACAACAAGUUCAUCAAGACCAAGUGUACCAUCAAAACCAGGAGGUUUGGGUAGCGGUGGAGGAUCAAACAUUGCUUCAAAACGAGGAAUCGAUGAUUUAGACUUCUUUAUCGGAGAUGAAGCAAUCGCAAACAGUAAAACAUAUCAAGUUGAACAACCUAUCAAGCAUGGUUUGGUGGAGAACUGGGAUCUGAUGGAACGAUUUUGGGAACAAUGCUUUUUCAAAUACUUACGUGCUGAACCAGAAGAGCACUACACAAUGUUGACAGAACCACCACUUAAUCCUCCAGAGAAUCGUGAACAAACGGCAGAGAUUAUGUUUGAAUCUUUCAAUGUCAAAGGAUUGUAUAUCGCCGUGCAAGCAGUCUUGGCCUUAGCAGCUAGCUGGACGAGCAGCAAGGUGACCGAUCGUACAUUGACGGGAACGGUGAUCGAUAGUGGAGAUGGUGUAACACACGUUAUCCCAGUCGCAGAAGGAUAUGUGAUCGGAAGUGCGAUCAAGCAUAUCCCUCUGGCAGGUCGUGAUAUCACCUACUUUGUUCAACAACUUCUACGUGACCGUGGAGAGACUGCCAACAUUCCACCAGAAGAUUCUAGGCGUGUGGCAGAACACAUCAAGGAGAACUACGGAUACACAUGUCAAUCGAUCUUGAAAGAAUUCCGCAGAUACGACGCUGAUCCAUCAAAGUACUUUGAAAAGUAUCAUGGCACCCAUUCUGUCACCGGAAGGCAGUAUGAAGUCGACAUCGGAUACGAACGUUUCUUGGCCGGUGAAUUAUUAUUCCAACCUGAAAUGUUCUCGUCUGAUUUCCUAACACCUUUGCCGGAAGUUGUCGAUACAGUGAUUCAACAAUCUCCUGUUGAUGUUCGACGUGGCUUAUACUCCAACAUUGUUUUGUCCGGUGGAAGUACGAUGAUGCCGCAUUUCGGCCAGAGACUACGCAAAGAUUUACGUGAGAUUGUUGAUAAACGAAUUGCAGCAUCCGAAGCAGCAAGUGGUGCAAGAUCAUCCGGUUUGGAUGUCAAUGUGAUCAGUCAUUCAAAGCAAAGAUAUGCCGUUUACCAUGGUGCAAGUUUGUUAGGCUCUUUGCCUACUUUCCCUUCAUUCUGUUUCUCAAAAGCUGAUUACGAAGAACAUGGACCGGGUAUCGUUCGUCGUUUCAGCGUUUUCGGAACAUCUGGUUAGAGUUUCAUAGUAUUGCACCUUUUGGACUUUGCACAAUGAUAUAUGAAAUAAAAUGCACUCUAGUAUGAGGAUGAGCAUCAAAUAUGUGAAUAAAGAGAUAAGAUAAGAGGGUAAAAAAGAAGUCGAAAGAGAGGUUGUUGUCUAAUUAUCCAUCCAUAAUUCUGGUGGCGUCUUUUGCAAUCGGGCUGCAUGUGCUCGAGUGACAAUACUUUGCACACGAUCCAUAGCAUAUUGUCUUUC